CAGAGACAACAACACGAAGCACAUCGUGCACAUUUAUAUGUAUAUUGAGUAAUCAAAGUGAAAAUUCAAAAAAUAAAAGCGAAAAAAUUGUUGUGUCCAAGUGGGCGCGCGCACAACAACUCUCGGCGGCAAAAUGUAUUCAAGUAUCGUCGCCUAUGUUGUUAGUGUGCUGUUAUUUUGGUCGCGCUGCAUGACGUAUUGAGGCACGCUACGGUUGGGCGCUCGCCCGAACACAACAUCUUCGUUGCUUCCUAGUUGCGCGCGCGUUUCUAGCGAGUCUUCAGAAUUUCGGCCAAAAAUCUCUGUGUUGCUCUUGUGGUCACUGCUUUCGGGUUGUUGCUGUUGUUGUCACCAUCGAAACGCGCGGUGACAGUCGAAAAUGUGUUUAAUUUGCGCGCCUCAUAGCAAACUCAGCGCAAUAAUAAAUUCACUUUGUUGUAAUACUUAGACAAGCGAAAGAAAUCUUAGUAAACAACAAAAAUUUUGCAAACGGCAAAACAACACGAAGAUAUUUUUUCGGGUUUUCUCGUUUUAAAUAUUCGUUAUGCGUUCAUUGGCACAAAAAUACGAUGAAGGAAGCUGAGCGCGGCAAAAAAGUACGAGCACAACUCGUGAGAAUGUGAUAAAGUGAAACGCAAACAAGAAGAAAUAAUCGAAAAUUAGAAAAUUCACCAAAGUGCGCUGUUUGUUGUGUGACAUAAUGUGACUGCAAAGCGUUGUGCAAAUGUUGUCAACCUCAGCGGCACCACAGCUGACGAGCGCGUGCAAGUGUGUGUGCGAGUAUAUACGUAUGUGUAAGUUAGUGCAUCACCUCAUAAUGUGCAAACAUCAUAAAAUAAAAUGCUAAACAGCGCAGCAUUCAAAAUGGUGGAUACAAAUAAAAAUAAUAAUUGAAAAGAUAAUUUAGAUUGCAAACAAAUUAUAAGAGAAGCGCGAGCUGCCAAUGAAUAAACGCUGAAAAUCACUUUUAUUUGGUGAGAGUGCAAGUUUUGGCGUAGCGUCGUUGCAAAAAAUGUAAAACAGUGCUUUUAUUGUGAAGAAAAAAAAAUAUCUCAGCUAUGGAAGAUUUCGCUUUUGCGCUCAACCAAAGCGUCACCGCGAACAUCAUGAGCAAUGGGAUGUCGGGGUGUGACCAAAGCACUGUCGAAUCAUUGGCCGAAGAUCCAACAGAUUCACCAUUCGCUGCCGAUGAGUGUCUCAAAGUACGCAAGUACUGGUGUUUUUUGCUCUCCAGCAUAUUUACCUUCCUUGCUGGGCUAUUUAUUGUGCUACUAUGGCGCGCGUUUGCGUUCAUUUGCUGCCGCAAGGAGCCCGAUUUGGGACCCAACGAUCCCAAACAGAAAGAGCAGAAGGCGUCACGCAACAAACAAGAGUUCGAGGGUACCUUUAUGACCGAAGCCAAAGACUGGGCUGGCGAGCUUAUAUCGGGACAAACGACAACUGGUAGAAUUUUGGUCGUGCUUGUAUUUAUACUCAGCAUUGCAUCACUCAUUAUUUACUUCGUGGAUGCAUCUAGCGAAGAAGUCGAAAGAUGUCAGAAAUGGAGUAAUAACAUUACUCAACAAAUCGAUCUCGCAUUCAAUAUAUUUUUUAUGGUUUACUUUUUUAUACGAUUCAUAGCGGCGUCCGAUAAACUUUGGUUUAUGUUAGAAAUGUACAGUUUUGUAGAUUAUUUUACAAUACCCCCGUCCUUUGUAUCAAUAUAUUUAGAUCGGACAUGGAUCGGUCUCCGAUUUCUUCGAGCGUUACGCCUCAUGACUGUACCGGAUAUUUUACAAUAUUUAAACGUUCUAAAAACAUCGAGCUCGAUACGCUUGGCUCAACUAGUAUCAAUUUUUAUAUCUGUAUGGUUAACAGCAGCGGGCAUAAUACAUCUGCUGGAGAACUCUGGCGAUCCGCUGGAUUUUAAUAAUGCUCAUCGAUUAUCCUAUUGGACCUGUGUCUAUUUCCUAAUUGUGACCAUGUCAACGGUAGGAUAUGGUGACGUUUACUGUGAGACUGUAUUGGGAAGAACCUUCCUUGUGUUCUUUCUACUCGUCGGCUUGGCAAUGUUUGCCAGCAGUAUACCGGAAAUAAUAGAGCUCGUUGGUAGUGGCAAUAAAUAUGGCGGUGAACUGAAAAGAGAACACGGAAAGAGACAUAUUGUCGUUUGCGGACAUAUAACGUACGAGUCGGUGUCGCAUUUCUUAAAGGAUUUCCUGCACGAAGAUCGAGAAGAUGUGGACGUGGAGGUGGUAUUUUUACAUCGUAAACCACCCGACUUGGAACUAGAGGGUUUAUUCAAACGUCACUUUACCACAGUGGAGUUCUUUCAAGGCACCAUUAUGAAUCCAAUUGAUCUACAACGGGUUAAGGUACACGAAGCUGAUGCCUGCUUGGUACUGGCCAAUAAAUAUUGCCAAGAUCCCGAUGCUGAAGAUGCUGCCAAUAUUAUGCGAGUCAUCUCGAUUAAAAACUACAGCGAAGACAUACGAGUGAUUAUACAACUUAUGCAAUAUCAUAAUAAGGCUUAUUUACUCAACAUACCCUCAUGGGAUUGGAAACAGGGUGAUGAUGUCAUCUGUCUGGCCGAACUUAAACUUGGCUUCAUAGCACAGAGUUGCCUGGCGCCGGGCUUCUCAACAAUGAUGGCGAAUUUAUUCGCGAUGCGAUCGUUUAAAACUUCACCAGAUACACAGGCCUGGCAAAACGAUUAUCUUCAAGGUACCGGGUGUGAGAUGUACACCGAAACCCUCUCACCUUCAUUUACCGGCAUGACAUUCCCACAAGCCAGCGAACUGUGCUUCUCGAAGCUGAAACUAUUGCUAGUAGCUAUCGAAAUCAAAGGUGCCGAAGAGGGCGCGGAUAGCAAAAUAUCGAUAAAUCCGCGUAAUGCCAAAAUACAGGCGAAUACACAAGGCUUCUUUAUAGCGCAGAGUGCCGAUGAAGUGAAACGCGCCUGGUUCUACUGCAAGGCCUGCCAUGAGGACAUCAAAGACGAAACAUUGAUCAAGAAGUGUAAAUGCAAAAACUUGGCCACAUUCAGGAAAGGCGUCCGCGCCGUCCAAAUGGUGGGACGUGCAAAAGACGAUGAGUACUCGCUCUACUCAAAUGAUUUCCAUCCAGCACCCACAUUUACGCCGCCCGAGUUGCCCAAGCGGGUGCAUGUGCGCGGAUCAGUAACGGGUGACAUGACACGCGAUAGAGAGGAUGUGAACCUCAUAAAUCGCAAUGGUCGCCGCACGAACGGCACCGGCAACGGUAGUACAGGGUUGCAUAUGAAUUCAAUAGCCGCGAAACAAGUUAACAAGGUGAAACCAACAAUCAAUCGACAACAGGUUGAGGGCCAGGUGAUAUCACCAUCACAAUACAACAGGCCGCCAGAAAACGAUGCUAACCCAUAUGCGGGCUAUCAACUCGCUUACGAAGUUAAAAAGCUCAUGCCAACAAGUCGCAGCUCCGGCACAGGCACACAAAAUCAAAAUGGCGGCGUCUCACUACCGGCCGGUAUUGCGGACGAUCAAUCGAAGGAUUUCGAUUUUGAAAAGACCGAAAUGAAAUACGAUUCGACGGGCAUGUUCCACUGGAGUCCGGCUAAGAAUUUAGAAGACUGCAUAUUGGAUCGCAAUCAAGCGGCAAUGACUGUUCUAAAUGGUCACGUUGUCGUAUGCCUUUUUGCCGAUCCAGAUUCGCCGCUAAUCGGACUGCGCAACUUGGUGAUGCCAUUGCGCGCCUCAAAUUUUCACUAUCACGAACUGAAGCAUGUGGUGAUAGUCGGUUCGGUGGACUAUAUACGACGCGAAUGGAAGAUGUUGCAGAAUUUGCCAAAGAUAUCGGUGUUGAACGGUUCGCCGCUGAGUCGUGCCGAUUUGCGUGCCGUGAACGUGAAUCUGUGCGAUAUGUGUUGUAUUCUGUCGGCGAAAGUUCCUAGCAACGACGAUCCGACGCUGGCCGAUAAAGAGGCCAUUCUAGCGUCGCUCAACAUCAAGGCAAUGACCUUUGACGAUACGAUCGGUGUACUGAGUCAACGUGGGCCCGAAUUCGAUAAUCUGAGCGCGACCGCUGGCAGCCCAAUUGUGCUGCAACGGCGCGGCUCCGUUUACGGCGCGAAUGUGCCCAUGAUAACAGAACUGGUCAACGAUAGUAACGUGCAGUUUCUCGAUCAAGACGAUGACGAUGAUCCGGAUACGGAGCUAUAUCUGACGCAGCCGUUCGCCUGCGGUACCGCCUUCGCCGUUAGUGUUCUCGACUCGCUGAUGUCGACGACGUACUUUAAUCAAAACGCUUUAACGUUAAUCCGCUCACUUAUCACCGGCGGCGCUACACCAGAGCUGGAACUCAUACUCGCCGAAGGUGCUGGUCUACGUGGCGGUUACAGCACUGUGGAUAGUCUUAGCAACCGCGACAGAUGUCGUGUUGGCCAAAUAUCACUGUAUGACGGUCCCUUGGCCCAAUUCGGCGAGUGUGGUAAAUAUGGUGAUCUAUUUGUGGCAGCGCUCAAAUCGUACGGCAUGCUUUGCAUUGGCCUCUACCGAUUUCGGGAUACGAGUUCGAGUUGUGAUGCGAGUAGCAAACGUUAUGUUAUAACGAACCCACCCGAUGAUUUUUCACUACUGCCAACAGAUCAGGUUUUCGUAUUAAUGCAAUUCGAUCCGGGCUUAGAGUAUAAACCGGCCGCAGUACGUGCACCACCUGGUGGUCGGGCUGCCAACACACAAGGCUCCGGGGUCGGUGGGGGUGGUUCAAACAAGGAUGAUAACUCUUGAUUGUUACUGUGUAGCGCCUUAACUGAUGGUCCUUACUCGUACAUUUGAACGAUGGAGCAAACGAUCGGGUACAAAAUAGCGCAUUUCUGGCAAUACAUAAUCGGCAAAAUAUUGCAAAAAUUACGAGCGGCAAUGCGUAAUGUAUCGAACAAAAAGAAUUAGCACAAAAAAAGCAAUAAACAAAAACAAUUGGUGUAAUGAACAAAACUAAACCAAUAUUAAUGCCGCAGGUAAAACAAAAAUUUAUAGGAAUUUGUCAAAAUUAUAUAUGUAAAGAAAUGCUUAUGCAAUACAUGGGUGACCUAGUAAAUGCGCCAUUUUGUACUUUUAUAUUUGCACAGACAUUCGCCAAUGCAAGCCUCAUUGAAGUAGAUUACAUGCGUAUGUAUGUAUGUAUAUGAGUUGCGCUACAAAAACAAAACAUUUCAAUUUUCAAUUGGAAGCAAAUGUCUUUGCAAAUAUAAAAAUCAAACUCCAACUAAUAAAAUAUACAACAACAAACUGAUUGUUUGAAUCAGUAUGAGUAAAAUCCAUCGUUCAAAUGGUAAAAAGAUUGCUUCCCACACCAUUCCGCAAAGCCCUCAACUACUUAAUUAAUUUUCAAAAAUUUAUUAACCUUAAUUUACUGUUUUCAUUUAGGAUAUAUGUAUGAUUGUAAUCAACUAAGUAAUCAUGUAUGAAGAAUUUUCUUGUAUUUUUUGUUUGGUAAUUUUUUUCUAUUAUUUAAUAAAUGUUUAUAAUUUAGCUUUAAUAUGACUUCGGUUAAUUAUUUAUUGCACUUGCACCCUCUCUGAAAUUAAAAGCCCUAGUCUUAUGCUUAGCUUAGCUUCGAACUCAAAUCAAAUGACUUGUAUAUCAUAUAUGUAUUUAUAAAAAUCUAAAGUAUAUAUAUAAGUUUUCAUUUUUGUAAAGUUAAAUCUAUCGCUAUUUCAAAGUUUUUUAUAUAAUUAACUUUGUUAUAAUUUGCACUAGUUAUAUUAGUUUAUAGUAUGCGAGCAUAUGAAAUCAUGUUUAUUAGUUUUAAAUGUGCACUGAGGAUGAUUUUCCAAACGUUUAUAUGAAAAACAGUGAACCAAGUUUUCAACUGCUGAAUUGUUUAAUGGUUUAUCGCGAUACAACCAGAUAAUUAAAACAAUUUUAAAUAUAAUUUUUUAAUCAAAUAAUGUGCUUAUAAUUUUGUUCAAAAAUCUCGCUAAAUGUAAUAAUAAUACAAAACACAUUGCCUUGGCAUCUCUUUAAUAUUUUAGUGAAGUCACAAACCUCAUAUGACCAUUAAAAUAAAAGCAGAGAAAAACAAUGCAAUUUAUUUAAUAAUAAUAAAAAAACGAAAACAUUGCCUUGGCAGUUUUAAAUAUCGCGUUUGUAUUAAAAUAAUGUGUUUAGACAUUUUUUCAAAAUCUUCCUAACUGUAAUAAUAACCAAAAAAAAACAUUGCCUUGGCAUCUAUCCAAUAUUUUAGUGAAGUCUCGAACCUCACAUGACCAUUGAACUAAAAGCAGCGAAUAAUAAUCAAUUAUCUGCUAAAAGCAUCACAUACAGUGUUAAAAUGUUUUUCAAUUUAAGUGGUUUUAAAUUAAUAACACUAAGUGAAAAUUUUGAAAUUUUGGAAAAUUAUCUCUUAUAUGCAUUAAAAACUUUAGUGCUAGAAGUGUAGCUACACACAUAUAUUUUUAAAAUAUUUCU